AUCUCAUUUCAUGGCCACAACAGUCAACAUUAAGUAACUACUUAAACAGAGGACCAUUACAGUUCUAUUCUAUUUCCUUCUCCUUCCUCAAGUCAAGACUAUUAUUUCUCUUCUUUCUUCAUCUCAUUAACCCAAAUAUAAUAUAAUAAAACUGAAAAUUCAGGAAAAUGAAGAAGAUUAAAGAAGCAAAAAUGGAGAAUACAAAGAGUUUUUCAGAGCUAGUUAUAGAGCUUGUUGCAUCAGCUGAUGAAGUAGCUUCAUUAGCCAAAGACUCAGAAAAUGACACUGAAGCUUUAAGUGAAUUCGCCAUUUAUGUCGAAAAGCUUUCGCCUAUAUUAGAUACUCUUAGACAAGAUAAGAAGAUCAUGGAUACUUCUAAUAUAAGGUCUGCUAUUGCUUCCUUAGAAGCUCAACUUCAAAGAGCUAGAAAUUGGAUUAUAAACAGAUGUGUUCAUUCAGAUGAUCAUGGAUUCGCUAUUAUUCAACAACUUACUCAUGAUCUUGGCCGUUCUUUAGGCCUUUUAUUGUUUGCUAGUAUUGGGGUGUCCUUAGAUUUGAAGGAUAAACUUGGGAUUUUGCAUCAAGAGAUGAUGAAUGCUAAGUUUGAUAAUUCUUGUUGUUCUUCUAGUGAAAGUGUUAGUAGGGAGAUUUUUGAAGAGAUGAAUGAUGGUAGUGAUGAUGAUCAAACUUGUUGUGAUGAUAAGGAAGAGUUUUGUAUGGCUAUGAGAAUGGAAAGGGAGGAUGUUGCAUUACAACUUAAGUAUGGGAAUGAUGAUGAGUUUAAGAAUGCUCUUUUGGGAUUAGAGGUUUUAAUUAGGGAUGAAAUUGUCAAUUGUGAGUGGAUUUGUGAUGAAGGGAUUAUCCCCAUUUUGUUUAAUAGAUUGGGUUCUAGCAAAUGCAUUGAAAGGUUAGGAAUAAUUAAGGUGUUGAGAAGCAUUGCACUUGAGAAUCCUCAAACCAAGGAAAGUAUGGUAGACUCGAACUCUUUAAUAACAUUGGUGAAGUCAUUAGCUAGAGAUGAGAUGGAAAGGAGAGAAGCAGUAGGGCUGUUGAUGGAUCUCUCUCAGCUUUCUUCGGUUCGACGAAGAAUUGGGAGAAUCCAAGGUUGUAUAAUUAUGUUGGUAACUACCUUAAAUGGUAAUGAUCCAAUAUCAUCAAAUGAUGCAGGGAAGCUCUUAGCUGCUCUUUCAUGUAAUACUCAAAAUGCUCUUCUUAUGGCUGAGGCUGGCUAUUUUCGUCCUUUGAUCCAACACCUUAAAGAAGGUUCAGAAAUGAGUAAAAUCUUAAUGGCAACAGCACUUUCAAGGAUGGUAUUGACCGAAAAAGCCCGAGUGUCGCUAGGAGAAAAUGAUGCAAUCAGACCCUUAGUACUCAUGUUCAAGAUGGGAAAACUCGAAGCAAAGCUUUCGGCCUUAAAGGCUUUAAAAAAUUUAUCCCUUUCCACCAAAAACAUAGCACACAUACUUACCUCUGGUAUUCUCCCUCCUCUGCUUCAGCUCCUUUUCUCGGUCACUUCCUCACUUAUGAGCCUUCGGGAACCUGCAUCAGCUAUCCUCGCAACCAUUUCUUCAUCGGAUUCUAUUCUCGAGCAUAGAGAUUUACCCGAACAGCUUUUCUCUUUAAUAAACGUGUCUAGUCCAAAGAUCAAAUGCAAUAUCCUAGUGGCUUUAAACAACAUCCUUUCUCAACCAGGUGCUUCUGAAGUUAGAAGUCGAAUGAGUGAAAAUGGAGCAGUACAACUUUUACUAAAUUUCAUCAAUGAAACCGACAUCAAAAUUAGAAUGGCUGCCUUGACGUUACUAUGCAUAAUCUCGAAGAAUAUAUCCAUCGAAGAAAAUUACCUUCCAAUCAUUGUGAAUAUCAUUGCAUCUUCAUCGUCAGAAGCUGAAAAGGCAGCUGCUGUUGGUUUGUUGUGCAACAUUCCGCUGUCAGACAAAAAGGCAACCGAAAAACUCAAAAGAGAAAAUCUACUACCAAUGUUAGUCUCUUUGAUGGGCUCUUCGAACUUUUCAAGUUUAAGUACUGCAACAAAGCGAUUACAAGAAAGUGUCGCGGGUAUUUUUGUUAGGUUUACAGUACCUUCUGACAUGAAAUUGCAAGUCUAUGCAGCUGAAAUGGGAGUUAUACCUAUUCUAGUGAAGAUCCUUUCAAACGGGUCUAUCAAAUCCAAGUCUGAAGUUGCAACAUCUCUUUCUCAGCUAUCUCAGAAUACACUUUCUUCGAGAAGGUUUAGUAAUUCUCGAUGGCGUUAUUGUGUUCCUUCUCCGACUACAGAGGGAUUUUGUCAAAUACACAGAUCGUAUUGCACCCUUAAAAAAAACUUCUGCCUAGUAAAAGCGGGUGCUAUUCCUCCUUUGAUUCGUGUCUUAAAAGGUAGCGAGAGAGAGGCUGAUGAAGCAGUGCUGAAUGCAAUCUGCACACUCUUGCAAGACGAAAUUUGGGAAGAUGGAAGUAAUUUUAUAGCAAAAAUCUCAGGAGGGGUGGAGGCUUUAAUUCAGGUGUUAGAAGUAGGAAGCGUAAAAGCCAAGGAAAAAGCUAUAUGGAUCUUGGAGAGAGUAUUUAGGAUCGAUAGGUAUAGAGUCGAGUAUGGAGGUUCAGCUCAAGUAGUAUUGAUCGAUCUCGCUCAGAAAGGGGAUUCUUGUUUGAGAUCGUUGGUGGCUAAGUUAUUGGCUCAACUCGAACUGUUACAAGAACAAUCAAGCUAUUUUUGACAAAGUAAUACAACAAAGGAAAAAAGAUGUGCAAUAUUCUUAUUCAUUGUGUAGUAGAUUGGAUCACUUAGAUGGGUGUAAAUGAUUAAUAAAUUUAGGUAGUAUUUUACUUGUAUGUAAUCUUUUGAAAGUGUGAAUUGUAGCAGAAAAAAAUAUAAGUCCAUGUUCUAUAAGGGAUUAGGGAAUUCAUAUAUAAAAAAUUAAGCUAAAAUAUAUAUAAAUCUUUCGAUUUCAAGGAUGUAAAA